CGCGCCAAUUUUUCCCGCCCGGCUAUUGAAUCUGUCAUUGUCAAAGUGAGGUAUGCGACUGUUGGAGGCGUCUUCACCGCAUUUUCAGUUUUUGUAUUAAAUUCCUUUUUUUAUUUUAUUAUUUCAAAAUGUUUGAGGCACGUCUGCUCCGAUCCUCCAUUCUGAAGAAAGUGUUGGAAGCUAUAAAGGAUUUGCUUACACAAGCCACAUUUGACUGUGACGACAAUGGCAUCCAACUUCAGGCAAUGGACAAUGCACACGUAUCCCUGGUAUCCCUUACACUGAGAGCAGAUGGAUUUGAUAAGUACAGAUGUGAUCGGAACAUUUCCAUGGGCAUGAAUCUUGGGAGCAUGUCCAAAAUCCUGAAGUGUGCGGGCGACAAAGACACAGUGACGAUGAAGGCGCAGGACAACGCCGACACCGUCACGUUCGUGUUCGAGAGCCCUAAUCAAGAGAAAGUAUCUGAUUACGAAAUGAAGCUGAUGAAUUUGGAUCUGGAACAUUUGGGCAUUCCCGAGACUGAAUACAGCUGCACCAUUCGUCUACCAAGUGCUGAGUUUGCAAGAAUCUGCAGAGAUCUGUCUCAGUUUGGAGAGUCUAUGGUUAUAUCCUGCACUAAAGAGGGUGUGAAGUUCUCAGCAACAGGUGACAUUGGGUCUGCAAACAUCAAGCUGGCUCAGACAGCAUCCAUAGACAAAGAAGAAGAGGCGGUGGUCAUAGAGAUGGAUGAGCCGGUCACCCUCACGUUCGCCUGCCAAUAUCUCAACUACUUCACCAAGGCUACGUCACUUAGUCCACAGGUUCAACUUUCCAUGUCAGCGGAUGUGCCACUGGUGGUAGAAUACCGCAUCCAAGACAUCGGCCAUAUCCGUUACUAUUUGGCGCCCAAAAUCGAGGAAGACGACAGUUAAACUUUAUUAUAAGCUCAUAAUGUUAAGUCUGCUAUACAAAAGGCCUGAAUUGAUGAUUAGUUUUUUGUUUACCCCAACUGCAUAGCCGUGGGAGGGUGAUGAACUGAAAUGUUAUCUCUUUUAUUUGGCAUUAAAAUGAGGUUUUUGUUAAGUUCGUAGUAAUUCGCGCCUUAUAUCAUGUUCUAUCUUUCUCAUGUACACUAUGUGUAUUCUUCAAUAAGAUUGUGAUAAUUAUCAAGAAACUGUUGAAUAAACCUUGUAUUUUAUUA